AUGCCUGUAUUAUAUUUUCCCUUAACUUUGGGCACAUUAAAAAAGCCUGAAGACAAAAAGCAAUUGGGCGACUUCUUUGGGAUGUCAAACAGCUAUGCUGAAUGCUACCCUGCAACGUAAGUAUUCCUCGAAAUGGGAUGUGGGCUCUGGGGAACCACAUGAAGCCAAGCAAGAUAUUUCUUGCUUUACCCUAAUGUUUAGUGGACAAUAUUAAGGGCAGCUGUUUGCAGUAUUUGUAAUUAAGUACUCCUCUUCACUGGCAAGCUAAUUAUAUUUAUCUGGAGUCUUUGCAAAUUGGUGAAACUUGGAAUUAUGCAGACUUGGGGCUGCAAGUAUAAAUAAGAGCUUCCAAUUGUAUCCCUUUUCUUUUUAGCAUGGAUGACAUGGCUGUGGAUAGUGAUGAAGAAGUAGACUACAGCAAAAUGGAUCAGGUAAACUGUCAAUUGGUUAGCUUCAAGAUAAGCAUUUCUACUUCGGGGUGGGGCUGAUAUUUGGGGGAAAUAUUAUUAGUUGUGAUAUCUCCUAAAGUGUAGAUUGCCUAAGAUUUCACAUGACUCUCAUUUCCCAUUGGACUGUGUGGUGGCAGCUCCUCACACUCUGGCCUGGCUUGUGGCAGAAUGAAGUGUGUAGAUUUGAUUCUACUGCUUCAGGCUGCGUGUGUGGGAUUAAUCCUGCCCCCACCCCAGGUGCUCCUCAAUAUAACAACCAACCUCCUUGCAAGUAGAAAACUCUUAUAGCAAGGGUCAAAGUGGUCUUAAACGUUCCUCUUUGGCAUGAUAGUUGUGGGGAGUCCAGUGCAAUUUUGGGUUGCUGUUUCUUAUGGAGGCCUGCAGAAAUAUGGUUCUCCUACACGGAUACAUUAAGUUUAUAUUUUUUUCCUCUCUCCUCAAGGGAAAUAAAAAGGGACCCCUUGGUCGCUGGGACUUUGACACACAAGAAGAAUAUAGCGAGUACAUGAAUAACAAAGAGGCUCUGCCCAAGUAAGUUUGCCACUUGUCCUGAGGGUAAGAAUGGGAGAAGCAGAAGCAGUGGGUUAUGGUGGGUCCAACAUUUUAGCCUUUUGGGAGAACCCUACAAGUCAGCUGCUUCCUGUAACAUUGGUGGGAAUGUAUAUUUAGACCAUGGGAAGGCUUUUUUGAACCUAGCCUUCCUGCUGAAGGAAUUUUACCUCCAUUUUAGAGUUUUUGCUGUUUUAUCCUAGAGCGGCUUUCCAGUAUGGAAUUAAGAUGUCUGAAGGCCGUAAGACACGUCGUUUCAAGGAGACCAAUGACAAAGCAGAGUUGGAUCGGCAGUGGAAAAAGAUCAGUGCGGUGAGCAUUUUGAGCAGAAUGACUCUUUAGUUAUAUUCCCUUUUCCCAUCUUAAUGUGCAGUUUUUUCAGAACUUUAUUCAGAGUACCACUGACACUUUCCUGAGUUUAUUUUAAGAUUAAGAGGAGAAUGGAUCUUUGGCCAGCUUACUCAGUCACAUGCGUAUAUUUUCUCCGUCUUUGUGUAUUGGUCUUCAGUAUUCCCAAGUUGUUCUAUGGUCCUGUUUAUUCUAUUGCCCAGCAAGGAAAACAAUGCCUCCUCCUAUAGAACUUGUAGACUGUUCAUCUGCUUUCCCUUGUGUAACAGAUCAAAUGCUGAUCUAGCCUGCUAGAAAUCAGUUGUUUUCUGUUACGUGUUGUUGCAUGCUCCUUUGCUAAACCUUAGUACCUUCCUAACAUAGGAAGCUUUAAAAGUUGUGGGUUGUAUCUAAUGGAAGUGGUUUGGUUUGUGCAGUGGAACUGCCCUGUGCCAGUGCUGCCCCCAAACCUGCUACUGAACAGAUCUGAGAGGCAUGGGGGGGGAGGGGAAGUUUGUUGUGCAAGUGGAAGUCCUUGCGCAAACUUAAUUAUGUCAUUGGAUACAACCCUGUAUACAUAAUACAGUAAUUGUAAUGCGGUGAUUUUAACUUCUCUGCAGAUCAUCGAGAAAAGGAAGAAGUUGGAGGCUGAUGGGUUAGUAGAAAUGCUUUUACUUGAGAAUCUGUUGCUGUAUGAGUGCUACUCCUAGAGUCCACUCCCUGCUGUGCACUUGCCCUUAUGGGUCUUCAGCAGAGUGCUGUGACUUAGUUUUGGUGGUCUUGUGAUCCAGGGGGUGAGGGUUCAGCAUGUAUGAACUGAGGAAUAUUCGCCUUGAAGGUUUUUGCUCUGACCCAUGCAUUUUUUUUCACAUUCCUAAAAAGUGAGGCCAAAUUACACCUUUCACAAGUCCAAUUGUCCAGACCCCCAACUAUGAUUCAUUAACUAUGGGGUGCACAUAAAACUGAAAUAGGGCCUCACCUUUAUUCUGUCAUCUCUGUACUCUGUAGAGUUUUGCCCAUGCAAUUUAUCUGUUAUUUCAUCCACCCCUUUACGGUUUUAUUGCUGGCAAUAUGCGGGUGCCGAUAGAUCACAAUCCCACCGAAAUUACCUGCCCAUUCAGUCUUCACCAUGUCAGCCUUGUACAAAGGCUGAAGCUCUUCUCUGGUCCUUUAGUUCUGAUGCUCUGCUUGUAACUGCAUUCUAGCAGAAGCCUUGUCUCUGCAGUACUCGUUAGCUGUGAAGGAAAAGGCACUUGCCAGAAGGAUUCUUUUGUAUGUUUUAGUAACUUUGCAUGUUACCAUCUCUGAGGUUAUGCAAGGCCAUAUUUUGUUUUCAUGGCUUGAAAAGGCGAUAUGUAUUACUGCGCACAGUGCAGAUUCUUCGCAUUAGUGAGCAUGUCUGCUUCUGUGAUGGAGUGCAACUCUGAAGAUUUGAGUACAAGCCUGAAAGAGUUGAAUUAGUGCUGAAGUCCCACUGAUUGUAAAUUUUACUUCCUGCAAGCUGUAUUCUGUAUUGGACUCUUCUGUAUUAUGUGUCUCAUAAAAUGUCUGUAUUUUCAGGGUUGAGGUGAAGAGACCAAAAUAUUGA